AACAUGGGCGAGAGGCUGGAGCUGCGGCUCAAGUCGCCCGUGGGAGCCGAGCCGGCCGUCUACCCGUGGCCCCUGCCGGUCUACGACAAACACCACGAUGCUGCUCACGAAAUCAUUGAGACAAUUCGGUGGGUCUGCGAAGAAAUUCCAGACCUGAAGCUUGCUAUGGAAAACUAUGUUUUAAUUGACUAUGAUACUAAAAGCUUUGAAAGCAUGCAGAGGCUUUGUGACAAAUACAACCGCGCCAUCGAUAGCAUUCACCAGCUGUGGAAAGGAACCACGCAGCCCAUGAAACUGAACACCCGCCCCACCAAUGGGCUCCUGCGCCACAUCCUGCAGCAAGUCUAUAACCACUCGGUGACCGACCCCGAAAAACUCAACAACUAUGAACCCUUUUCCCCGGAGGUGUAUGGCGAAACUUCCUUUGACCUGGUUGCUCAGAUGAUCGAUGAGAUAAAAAUGACCGAGGAUGACCUGUUUGUAGACUUGGGCAGCGGUGUGGGCCAAGUCGUUCUUCAGGUAGCAGCGGCCACAAACUGCAAGCAUCACUAUGGCGUGGAGAAAGCAGAUAUUCCGGCCAAAUAUGCGGAGACGAUGGACAAAGAAUUCAGAAAGUGGAUGAAAUGGUAUGGGAAAAAACAUGCAGAUUACACACUGGAAAGAGGCGACUUCCUCUCGGAGGAAUGGCGGGAGAGGAUCGCAAACACAAGUGUUAUUUUUGUGAACAACUUUGCCUUUGGACCUGAGGUGGAUCAUCAGCUGAAGGAGCGAUUCGCAAACAUGAAGGAAGGUGGUCAGAUUGUAUCCUCGAAACCUUUUGCACCGUUGAACUUUAGAAUAAACAGUCGAAACUUGAGUGAUAUCGGCACUAUUAUGAGAGUCGUAGAACUGUCACCACUCAAAGGGUCUGUCUCAUGGACUGGGAAACCUGUUUCUUACUACCUGCAUACUAUUGAUCGGACCAUACUUGAAAACUACUUCUCUAGUCUCAAAAAUCCAAAACUCAGGGAGGAACAAGAGGCAGCUAGACGUCGCCAGCAACGAGAAAGCAAGAGCAACACCACCACGCCAACAAAGGCCCAAGAGACCAAGGACUAUGGUGCUGAAGAAGAGGCCGCCCCCGGGGCCAACGCCAUCAAAAAGCCAUCUCCGUCCAAAGCCCGCAAGAAGAAGCUGAGCAAGAAGGGGAGGAAAAUGGCCGGCAGGAAGCGCGGGCGCCCCAAGAAGAUGAACAUUGUGAGCUCAGAGCGGAAGCCCAAGAGGAACCAGGCGGCCCUGGAGCUCCUCCACGCUCAGACUGUUUCGCAGGCCUGCUCGUCUUCUCCUCAGGAUGCUUACAGGUCACCUCGUAGUCCGUAUUACCAACUACCUCCUAAAGUGCAGCGGCAUUCGUCAAACCAGCUGUUGGUGACCCCCACCCCGCCUGCACUCCAGAAGCUGCUAGAUUCGUUCAAGAUCCAGUACAUGCAGUUCAUGACGUACAUGAAGACUCCUCAGUAUAAAGCGAACCUUCAGCAGCUGCUGGAACAGGAAAAGGAGAAGAAUACUCAACUUCUGGGGAAGGCCCAACAGUUGUUUACUCACUGCCAGGCUCAGAAGGAAGAAAUCAAGCGGUUGUUCCAGCAGAAACUGGAUGAGCUGGGUGUUAAGGCACUGACGUACAACGACCUUAUCCAGGCUCAGAAGGAGAUCUCUGCUCACAACCAGCAGCUGAAGGAGCAGACCAAGCAGCUGGAGAAAGACAAUGGCCAGCUCAGGAACCAGAGUUUGCAGCUGCUGAAGGCCAGGUGCGAAGAGCUGAAGCUGGACUGGUCGACGCUGUCGCUGGAGAAUCUGCUCAAGGAAAAGCAAGCACUGAAAAACCAGAUCUCUGAGAAACAGAAGCAUUGCUUGGAGCUGCAGAUCAGCAUCGUGGAGCUUGAGAAGAGUCAGCGGCAGCAGGAGCUGCUGCAGCUGAAGUCCUACAUGCCUCCUGACGACUCGCUCGCCCACCCACGCCACAAGCGCCACCCGAGCCGAGAGGCGGAGCCCGAUCACAGCACCUUCCACCCCGAGCUGGAGUGCUCCAAGUUCCCUGCGGGCCCCCACCUGAACGGCAUGAGCCCCGAGCUGUCCAUGAACGGCCACGCCACGCCCUACGAGAUCCACGCCGCUCUUGGCCGCCCGGCCUCCUCGUCCUCCUCGUCCUCCUCCUCCAAGCAGGGCACCCCCCAGUAUCCGGCUUCCCACCUGGACCAAGACAUAGUCCCCUGCACGCCCAGCCACAGCGGCAGGCAGAAGCCGGACAAGGCCUCUAGCUUGUCCUUGCCGGAUUACACCCGCUUCUCCCCGGCCAAGAUCGCCCUCCGCAGGCAUCUGAACCAGGACCACGUGGGCAGCGGGAAAGCAGCGCCCGCUGAGAACCACCAGAGGACUGAGCACGUGAAAGAGAACGGCCUCACCUUUUCAAGCCCUGCGAUGCCAAACGGCCUGAAGAUGAGCCCUCAGGAACCCCAGCCCCCUUCUCCAGCAGCCUUGUCAGUAGCCAGUGAGAAGGCUUUGCGAGAGAGGACGUCCGCGAGUAACGGGGAGACCAUCACCAGCCUUCCCAUCAGCAUCCCCCUGAGCACAGUGCACCCCAAUAAACUCCCCGUUAGUAUCCCCCUGGCCAGCGUAGUCCUACCUAGCCGUAUUGAGAAGGUGAGAAGCACCCCCAGCCCCGUCCACCAGAUCCGAGACUCCUUUUCGACACUUGAAAAACAAUAUGGUGCUAGUUCUCAUAACGGCAUUAGCAGUGCCGCCGGUGGAAAGAUGCCACCUUUGGCUACCUCAGGUUUUUCUUACAUGUCUGGCUCCAUGGCGAUCAAUGGGGCGUUCCCAAGCAGCCCCGCCCCACUGAACCCCACCAUCGACCACGCGGCCCUGGAGGACGCCUCCAGCUCGGGAAGCCUGUUCAACUCAGUGGUGGGGUCCCGGAGCUCCACCCCACAGCAGCCCUCGUUCCUGGCCAUGCCCUCCCGGGCCUCAGCCCAGAGCUCGCCCGCCCACCAGCACUCGGCCAGCCCCAGGCUCAACGGCGCCCCCCAGGGCCUGGCUGGCGUCCUGCAGUACGUGGACUCCCAGAAGGCACUGGCCGAGGGCGGCGGCGGCACCAGGGGCGACCCGCAAGGGAUGGAGCCAGCCUUCUCCGACCCCGAGAGCGAGGGGAAGAGGAGGUUCAUCUUCACCAUUUCACCUGCCACCGGGACCGUCAAGCACUGCCCACCCAGCAAGCACAGCGCCCUCACGGCAGGCAUCCGGGCAGAGUGCGGCCAAGACGGGAAGAAGCGCGGACGGAGGAAGCGGUCCUCCACAGGGGCACCGGGCACCAACUCCGGUGUGUCGCCCAAGCGCAAACCGCUGCCUGCGGUGGCUGGGCUCUUUGCUCAGCCUUCGGGGUCUCCCCUCAAUAUCAACUCCAUGGUCAGUAACAUUAACCAGCCUUUAGAAAUAACAGCCAUUUCUUCCCCUGAAAACUCCCUGAAGAACUCUCCUGUUCCCUAUCAGGACAGCGACCAGCCCCCCGUGCUGAAAAAGGAGAAGCCCCUGACCCAGAGCAAUGGCAUCCAUUACUCGCCGCUGACUUCUGAUGAGGAGCAGGGCUCAGAGGAUGACCACAACAGCACCAGAAUUGAGAGAAAAAUCGCGACGAUAUCACUGGAAAGCAAAUCUCCGCAGAAGCCGAUGGAGAACAGCAUGAGCUUAGCCGGGAGGAAGCAGGCCAGCGAAAACAUGAACAGCAGCAAGUGGAAGUCGACCUUCUCUCCCAUUUCCGACAUCAACCUGACCAAAGCAGUGGACAGUCCUCUGCAGGCCCCGUCGCUGAGCCAGAACUCCCUUUUCGCCUUCCGACCGCCCUCCGAGGACGGCUCGGGGGGCGACAACAAGGUCUCGGCCCACCCAAGGAAGCACGGGGCCUCGGCCGCCCUCGACGGACUCGGCCAGACCAUGAAUGGAUUUGCUUACAACAGCGGGCUUCCGGCCGACCUCGGUUUACAUAGCUUUAUUGACGGUGCUCCUCUCCCGCACAAGGCCGCUGCGGACGUGGCCGCGGCGCUGGCGGGCAGCUCGCCGCUGAGCUUCCUGGCGCAGCGCAGCAAGGAGGGCGGCGGGGUCUCCGAGACGAACCCCUUCCUGAGCAAAAGGCAUCUGGAGAGCCUGGGAGCUCUGGCCAAAGGGGAAGACUCCAACUGGCCCAGCGGCCUCAAGGGCAAAGACCCCGGCGAGCUGAGCGCCCGCCUGGGAGCCGCUUUGGACAAGUCCUCGGUGCUACACGGCAGCAAGGCCGGGAAGGGCAGGGAAAGGGAGGCCGUUGAGCUGAAGAACGGCCACAACCUCUUCAUCGCUGCCGCCACCGCCACCCCACCUGGCGGCCUGCUCAACGGCAAAGGCCUGUCUGUGGCCCCCACGGGCAGUUCUCCUUCCUCUGUGCCCACCUCCUCCUCCUCCAUGGUGGCUCACCCGUUCUUGAACUCGCUAACCACUGGCUCGCAGUUCCCCCUGGGCCCUAUGGUGACGAACUCUUCGGUACUGCAGUCCCUAUUCAGCUCCAUGCCAGCCGCCAGUCUGGUUCACGUCUCGUCGGCUGCCACCCGACUGACCAACUCUCACACGAUGGGCAGCUUCUCCCCUGGGGUGACAGGUGGAACAGUUGGAGGUAUUUUUAACCAUGUGGUGCCUUCUGCCUCCUCCUCCUCCUCCUCUUCUGCUCCCUCGCCUUCUCUUCCGUCUUUCUCCUCCUCUUCCUCCUCCCUCCACUUUGGCAGCAGCGCUGUCUCCAGCUGCGCCGCCGCCGCCGUUCUGAGCCUAAACCCUCUACAGGUGGCUCCCACCUCCCCAUCGUUCCACUCGCCCCCGUCCGGCGAGACGCAGCACCUCGCGCGAACCCUGGCGCACCCGUCCCGGCGCACCCCGCCUCCCAACGUCUCCUUGCCUCCGCCCCCUCCCCUCCUCGCCUCCAGCAGCGACCCCGUCCUCCUGCAGGCCUUCUCCUCCCUUCCAGGCUCCGAGGCUUUCUUGCCGCCCCCGUCCUCCUCUUCCCCCGCUAACUCCGCUUUGUCUAUUAAGCUAGCUUCUCUCCAGCACAAAUCCUCCCGCCCUUCCUUCACUGUCCACCACCCGCCUCUGCCCCGCUUGGCGCUAGCCCAGGCCGCGCCCGGGAUCCCGCAGCCCAGCGCCGCUGCCUCCGCCGCGCCCGCUAUGUGGGUCACGCUCGGCCUGCAGUCUCCUUACGCUUCGCACCUCCCCGGGGUUAAGCCGCGGUAAUGGGCUCGGCUUGACCCUUUAAGCGUUCGUGCUCCGUAAGGUAACUAAGGACCUUCUACCUCAACCCCCCACGUGACCUAUGCAAGGCCAGCCUGGACCAACGCCUCUCCACUUCCACUUGAAGGUGCUGCCCUCAACCGCUGUAGAGAGGGGCUUCUGCUCCUCCACCCCCCCCAUCUCUCUUUACUACUGGACACAUGCAGGAAAACCAGACGGGGAAAGAGACAGGCAAACGGAAUGGAACCCUUGAGUCCUAAGCCUAAAAGCCGGAAGAAAAUGCUACUGUGAAAUCUUAAGUGUAUAUGUGUUGUGUGUGUGUAUAUAUAUAUAUAUAUAUAUGUAUAUUAUAUUAUAUAAUAUAUAUGUAUAUGUAUAUCUCUCUCUUUCUAGAUAUAUUCAAACUGCAGAAGGCGACAACGGCCUCCGAUUUGUAUUGUUGAUAUAGUUUAGAUAUUUAUAUAUUUUUUAAAGUUUGAGAACACGUGUUUUCACAAAAGGCAACCCCCCCCUCCGCUCUUGUGUGUGUGUUCGUUCCACACAAACUCUUGGAACUGGGAAAAAAAACACGCCGGGAAAGGGGGGGGGAGAAGAGGAGGAGGAGGAGGAGGACUUUUAACAAACAAAAUACUGCUAAUAACAAAAGGACUGGCCAACACAAGCGGAGACACAUCCCAAAGGUUCUCUUGGUGCUAUCCGUACCCGACAGACGUGUGCCUCUCUGGGCCGAGCUCCCCGUGGUGCUUUCGUUUUUUCAUUUUUUUGUGGGGCGCAGAGGCCUGGUUGUUUGCGUGUUUGGGGGUGUGUGUGACCAAUACCAAGCCACACUGAUAUAUAGAGCGAGUCUGACUCUUCUUAAUUUAUUCCACCCGCUCCCACCAGAUGUCUGGUCCACUUCAUCGUCCGUGUCUCUUCCGCUCUGUAGCGAAGCCAAGGAAA